CUCGCCGGCCCAGCUCCUUUUGCGACCAAUGCCGGCCGCCGGCGCCAGCGAUUCGGUCCCGCCCCUCAGGGGCGGCUACGUCGGUGGCUACAAGCAGAUGAACAUCAAGGAGUCGGAGUUCGAGUGGCUGCGCGGCUACCUCCAGCGCGAGGAGUCGACGCAGAAGCACUCGAUGGGCGAGGCCAGCGAUUCGUCCGAGACCGGAUCCACCACGGACAUGACCGACAUCAGCUUCGAGCCGGUCGCGCACGCGCCCGUCAAGGCGAUCGUGCUCGACUCGCCCAUCCACUCGGAGCCGCGCACCGAGUCGCGCUCCUCCACAGACCCCGACACGGCGUACAAGCGGCGGAGAAAGGUGGGGUGGACCUCGACGGAGGACCUUGCGAUCCUCGCCUCCGCGCGGCGCCUCGGCACGCAGUGGAACCGCAUCGCCGCCCAGCUGCCCGGCCGCACCGCCGACGCGGUGCGCAACCGGUGGCACCGGCUGCAAAAGUCGCAUUCGCUCGGCGACACUGAGGAGGGGCGCGCUGCCCUCGACGCGCUGCUGAUCGCGUGCGGCUUCGACAAGGACUGGGUACCGCCCAACCUCGAGGCCGGCGGCCCCUACCCCGGCGACGAGGUG